AUGAGGAAGGCGGCGGCGGCGGCGGCGGCGCCUCCAACCGCGGCUGCCAAGACGAAAGCGGCGGCAGCGGUGCCCGCGGCUGCUAAGAAGAAGCCCCUGGCGAAGAAGAAAGCGGCAGCGGCCGUACCCGCGGCCAAGAAGAAGGCGGCGGCGGCGGCACCUGCAACCAAGAAGCGCGCAUCCGGUGGAACGGCCGGGUGCAGGCCACGGAAACGGGCACGGGAUGACAACUGCGACGGCGAUCUCAUCAGCAACCUUCCGGACGCCGUCCUAUGCACCAUCAUCUCCCUCCUCCCCACCAAGGACGGCGCUCGCACGCAGGCCAUCGCACGCCGAUGGCGCCCUCUCUGGGGCUCCGCGCCUCUCAACCUCGACGCCGAGAACCUCAACACCAAUGAUUUCAAGCAGCCGCGCCGCCGCCGAGGGCCUCGACCGUCGACGGAAUCCAUCAUCUCCAGGAUCCUCUCGGACCACCCUGGCCCCGCCCGUCGCUUCGACUUCCGAUUAACCUGCAUCUUCCCAACAAAAAGAGAGCACGCCAAGAGUGUUGCUCAGAUCGUGAGCUGGUUAAACUCUCUGAGCCUCGACAACCUUGAGGAGCUCCAUAUCUUCUUCCCGAUCUUGUGUCGAGCAGCUCCGACCCCCAUGCUCAGAUCCGUGCUCCGCUUCGCAUCAACUCUCGUCGUGGCCACUGUUGGCCACUGCAAUUUUCCAGAUGAGAUCGCUCCUUCAUUGAAUUUCCCCAUCCUCAAGCAUCUCACCCUGCGUCACGUUAACAUCUCCGUGGAUGCAUUCCAUGGUGUUCUCUCCGCCUGCCAUGUGUUGGAGACCCUAUUUCUGCCUGAAAAUGUUUACAAUGGCUCCCUCCACAUAAGCUCACGAAAUCUUAGGAGCAUCUGCUUCAGUGAUUGUUUUAUGGGCACAAACGAAUUGGUUAUUGAGGACACCCCUCACCUUGAAAGGCUGCUUUGUCCAUGCUUGGACGUCGAGACUAUCCGGGUAAAUAGGGCACCUAAACUGGAGAUAUUGGGCCCAUUGUCACCGCGCAUCUCCAAUGUUCAGAUUGCAAACCUAGUCUUUCAGGGGUUGGUUCCAACCAGCUUCAACAAUUUGAUAUGCACAGUGAAGGUUCUGGCUCUCCAGUUUUAUUGCGCUAAUUUGAAUGCGGUUCUUGACGUCCUCAGGUUCUUCCCCUGCUUGGAAAAGCUUUAUGUUAUGUGGAACAAAUACUUAAACACAGAGAUGAACAAUGUGCGUCAUUAUGACCCAAUAGAUCCAAUCAAAUGCCUUGAGACCCAUCUCAAAACACUUGUGUUGAAGAAUUACAAAGGCGACAAGCAAGAUGUUACCUUUGCCAAGUUCUUUGUUCCGAAUGGGAAAGUGCUAAAUGCGAUCAAAUUUGGCGUGACUGUGAAGUUCGACGAGAAAUGGGUGGCUGAUCAACACAGGCUGCUAGGAGUGGAAAAUGAAGCUUCUCCGGACCUUGAGUUUAAACAUUGUUCGUACUAUUUGAAUCGCCAUUCAGAUAUCCAUGACUUGUCAAUUGCUGAUCCCUUCAACAACUCUUUUCUAGCUGAAGAUGAUGCCCUUCUAGUGAUAUCAUGCUCUUCCAGUUCUGAUGAGGAUAGUACCUGA